AUGGCCGAGCAACCACCCGCACCCACCCGCACUUCCACCGCCGCGCCGCCCCCCGGAGAGCAGCAGCUUCCGCAAGGAACCAUUAUAGAGACGACUCUCUUCAAUGAUGCUGGCCAGCCUCCCACCACCAGGUCGCUUUUCGUACCUGCUGGGCUGUUCUCGGUCACUGUCACUCUAGCUCCGCCGGCCGAGAAGACAGUGGAAGCUGUUGAUCGGAAGGACCCGGACUCUGGGACGAACGCCGACGAGCAGGCGGGCGCCACCCGCAUUGUGCCCUUCUCGGCAGUAGUUGUUGUCAGUGGAGCCCCCGUCACCACAGUUUUGCAUUACGCCCUCGAUGUCUCGCCGUCCCCUACGGGUGAAUCUUCAAUCACAGGAGCUCGCGCGGCCUCAACGACAAACGUCAAGCCCCAGGAGUCUGCCAUCGACAAGGACAAUUGCGCUUUCGGCAACGCAAAUGGAGGAGGCGACAAGGGUUGCCCUUCGGACGUCGGCUUCGGCGGUGCUGUACCCUCUGGCAACAGCACUGUGGGGGAUGACUCAGGAAAGAGCAAAGGAGCUCCAGCUGGAGCCAUCGCUGGCGGCGUUGUUGGAGGGAUCCUUGGUCUAGCUGUUCUGCUCGCGCUGUUGUUCCUCUUCCUGAGGAGGAAGAAGCGACCGCAGCGGGUGGGCCGUAGUCUCGAGAACGAACCGUUCGUCGUCGAUGACAGGAACGAGCAUGGACCUGAAACGGCCUCGCAGCGGUCAGGAGCUAGUAAGAAGGGACCCAAGACGUACUCAACAGCACAGAUUGCCGCGAUUGAGAAGACUCGCCAAGCGAGCGGCGGAGGCGGUAACGGAGCUUUUGUCCCCGUCGUGCCAUACAAAGAUCACGGCGAGGAUAAGGAGAAGCUGGGCGUCGCUGGGUUUGGAGGGCCUGAGCGCAAAACAUCGUCGCGCGGACGGACAGAUCGCACGGUGACGUCCGUGUCACUGACGGACUACGACUCGGACAACUCGAUGGAAAGCCUCGACGAAAAGCCCAAGCUCGACAAGGGCAAAGGUAAAGCCAAGCUGCCAAGUGUGUGCUUGUCGGUCUCAAGUAGGGAGGAAGUCUGA